AAUAAAUGUAAGGAAUGUGGGAAGGCCUUUACCACCUUUUCGUACCUUGUUCGACAUCAGAGAAUUCACACUGUUGAGAAACUCUAUGAAUGUAAAGAAUGUGGGAAGGCUUUUAUUAGAGGCUCAGGCUUUGUUAAACAUGGGAGAAUUCAUACUGGUGAGAAACCAUAUGAACGUAAGGAAUGUGGGAAGACCUUUAGUAAUAGCCAUCAAUUUACUAUACAUCAGAGUAUUCAUACUGUUAAGAAACCCUAUGAAUGUGGGGAAUGUGGAAAAGCUUUUUAUAGUAGCUCAUACCUUGUUCAACAUCAAAAAAUCCAUAAAGGUGAGAAACCCUAUGAAUGUAAGGAAUGCGGGAAAGCUUUUAUAGUGUAUGGAAAACUUCUUCGGCAUCAGAAUAUUCAUACUGGUGAAAAACCUUUUGUAUGUAAAGAAUGUGGGAAGGCCUUCAGUACCUUCUCAUACCUUGUUCAACCUCAGUGAAUUCACACUGGUGAAAAACCCUAUGAAUGUAAAGAAUGUGGAAAGGCCUUCAGUAGUAGCUCACCCCUGGUUAAACAUCAGAGAAUUCAUACUGGUGAGAAACCCUAUGAGUGUAAGGAAUGUGGGAAGGCCUUUACUGUGUAUGGACAACUUACUUGACAUCAGAGUAUUCAUACUGGUGAGAAACCGUUCAAAUGUAAGGAAUGUGGGAAGGCCUUUAGACUUAGUUCAUUUCUUAAUGCACAUCAGAGAAUUCAUGCAGGGGUAAAGCCCUACGAAUGCAAGGUGGGGAAGGCCUUUAGUCAUGCCUCAUACCUUGUUCACCAUGAAAGACUUCAUAUAGAUGAGAAACCGUAUGAGUGUAAAGAGUGUGGCAAGGCCUUUAGUUCUGGCUCAUACCUUGUUCAACACCAGAGGAUUCAUACCGGUGAGAAACCCUAUGAGUAUAAGGAGUGUGGGAAGGCCUUUAGUUCUGGCUCUUCCCUAGUUCAACAUCAGAGGAUUCGUACUGGUGAGAAACCUUAUGAAUGUAAGGAAUGUGGAAAGGCCUUUACUGUGUAUGGACAACUUAUUGGACAUCAGAGUGUUCAUACUGGUGAGAAACCCUUUGAAUGUAAGGAAUGUGGCAAGGCCUUUAGACAUAAUUCAUUCCUUAGUGAACAUCAGAGGAUACACACCGGUGAGAAACCCUUUAAAUGUAGAAAAUGUGGGAAGGCCUUUAGAUAUAGUUCAGCCCUUAAAGUACAUCAGAGAAACCAUAUGUGUGUAAAACCCUAAAAAUUUAAGGAAUUUGGGAAGUCCAUUAUGUAUGGCUUAAACAUUGUGCAGCAUCAGAGAAUUUAUGCUAAUGAGAAACAUGGAUGUUAAAAAUCUUGGUAGGCCUUUAGAAAAUAUUCUAUUAGAGAAUUCAUAAUGGAAUUCAGAAAACAUAAAGCCUUUAUUUGUCAUUCUUGUGUUUAUAAUAUUUGAAUCCGAAUAUUCUGGAUUGGUGGCCAAUUCAGAAAAGGUGGGAGACAUUAAUACAGCAUUGAUAGCAUGAAAGUUUAUAUGACAUAUUCUAAUAUGGUUGAAUGAACUAGUGAAUAAAAAAACCUUCCAGUACUCUUAAAUCAUUGCUAAACUUCAGAUAAUCCAUCCUGAUUUUUAAAAAACAGUUUAUACUGGAAAGCCUACCAUAGCACAGAUGUCAAUUCUUGUCAUUGUCAUGCCACCACUGUCAAGCUGUUUGACAUUAGGCACCUUACUUUUUAUUUCAGGGCAUUGCUUUAAAAUGGUGGUGAUAGAACCUACAUACUUGUAAAAACCUAUGCUCAAUAUUUAUUAAUUUUAUUAUUAGCAUUUUUAAAAUUUUUUAAAAGA